GGGGGAAGGGCUCCGGGCGGCCGCCGGUAUAAGAGGCUCCUGGGGGCGGGAGGAGGCACAGUCCAGCACCGGGACUGCAGCACUCCACACAGAGCAACAUGAACCGCAAGGUACUUCUGCUGUCGCUGGCAGCGCUCCUGGCGCUUGCCGCGGCAGAGGAGCAGAAGGCGGCGGAGGAGAAGAAGGAGGUGGCGGCCACCGAGGAGAAGAAGCAGGAGAAGCGUGGCCUCCACGACCUGGGCUACGGCGGCGGCAUCGAGCUGGGCAGCUACGGUGGCAGCUACGGCGGCAGCUACGGCGGCGGCAGCUACUCGCACAUCGAGCGCGGAGACUACGAACACCACCCCGUGCACCACGAGCACGUCAAGACCGUCACCGUCCACAAGGAGAUCCCGGUCCCAUACCCCGUCACCAUCGAGAAGAAGGUGCCUUACGAAGUCAAGGUCCCCGUCGACAGGCCGUACCAUGUGUCCGUCCCCAAGCCCUACCCCGUCACCGUCGAGAAGCCCGUCCCCUAUGAGGUCAAGGUGCCCGUGCCCCAGCCCUACCACGUGACCGUCGAGAAGCACGUGCCCUACCCCGUCAAGGUGCCCGUCGACAGGCCGUACCACGUGUCCGUGCCCAAGCCCUACACCGUUGUCGUCGAGAAGAAGGUGCCCUACACCGUCGAGAAGAAGGUCCCGUACGAGGUCAAGGUCCCCAUCGACAAGCCCUACCCCGUGCACGUGCCCGUCGACAAGCACGUUCCCUACACCGUCGAGAAGAAGAUCCCCUACGAGGUCAAGGUGCCCGUCGACAGGCCGUACCACGUGCACGUCCCCAAGCCCUACCCCGUCAUCGUCGAGAAGAAGGUGCCCUACACCGUUGAGAAGAAGGUCCCCUACGAAGUCAAGGUGCCCAUCAAGGUGCCCGUGCCCCAGCCCUACCCCGUCGAGGUCGUCAAGCACGUGCCCUACCCCGUGUACCACAAGGAGGAGCACCACCACGAGAGCUACGGCCACGAGGAGCACGGCGGCCACUACUAAGCGGGUCGCUUCGCGUCGCGACCACGGGCCCCGGGACCUGGAGCAGCGGGAUGGCGCGUGUCCUGCGCGCCCUUCGCGGCCCCGGCCCUGCAGCCCCUCCAAAAUGUGAUUCUCGUCCUUCAUCCUCGCUCUCUUCAUCGUCAUCCCCUCGUCCCCAUCCCACUCUUCAUCCCCUCCCCCCAUCCAUCCAUCCGCCUUCGCCUUAGCGUCAUGUCAUCUCACUUCAUCCAAAAGAGUAAUAUUUAAGUGGAUAAUAUAUAAGUAAAAUAAACGACUGAAACCCACACUAA